AUGCUGAAGCGCGCGCACAGGGAACUGGCAAGGAACUCCAUCUACACCGAGGUCAUGCCCACAGGAGACGACGCCCUGUCCGAGAUGGAAGCCAUGGCCAAUUUCUCAGACUCUGGCUCCGACUCUGACAGUUCGUCAGACGAAGAUAACGAUCUCGGUGGCGGUGAUAGCGAUCUGGACAGCGGUGAGGAUGCCGAGCUCGAAUCCUACAUCCAAAAGUAUGAAGGAUCUCUCAAGAAGGACAAGAAGGACGGUUCAGACGACGAGGACGAGGAAGCAGGAAGCGGUUCAUCAGAUGACGAGGAUGCGGAGGAAGAGGCUGAGGAGGAGGAGGCUGAGACACAUUUCCGCUGCAAGAUCUGUCCCAAGAAGACGCUCAAGAACGAGACGAUGGUCCAGGUGCAUCUGAACGGACAUGAACACAAGGUCAACCUCAAACUCUACAAAAAGGCGCUCAAGGAGGACCAGACCAAGGAACAGGUCGACAAGUUGAAGGCCAAGAACCUGAAGAAGAAGGAGAAGGCACUCCUGAAGAAGGAGGACCGCAAGGCUGCCCAGAAGCUGAAACUCAAGGAGAAGAAGAAGCGACAGUGGGAGAAGAAGAUGGCUGCUGCUGCCGCCGCCGCAGGAGGAUCGACAAAGGAGAUUAAGAAGGUGGAAAAGAUUGUCGAGAAGGCCGAGAAGAAGGUUGAGGAGGUGGUCAAGAAGCAGGACAGGGCCGUCGAGAAAAAGGUCGGCAAGAUCGUGGAGAAGGCUGAGCGGGAUGUGGAAAAGAAGGUCGAGAAGAUUGUGGAGAAGGCCGAAAAGGAUGCGACCAAAACCCUCAACAAGGUCCUCGCCAAGUCUGACAAGAAGGCCUCGUCGAAGUCCAAACCACCAGCCAAGAAGCAGAAGACCUCCAAGCCCUAA